AUGGAACUAGACUUCAAGAGUAGCGAUGUGGGAGCAUGGAAGGAGGCUUUGUCGUCGUACGAUUCUCGAAUCGAGUCUCUGAACAAGCCAGACCUCGUCUCUCUCGAUCAAUUUUACCGCGUCAAACUCCCUUCUCUUCUCCACGACCGAGACCCAAACCCUUACCUCACCACCUCCGAGCUUUCCCAACUCAUGAAAUGGAAGCUCUCCCGCGGAAAAUGGAGGCCGCGUUUGCUGGAUUUCGUGUCGUCUCUGGACGAUUCAGCGGUGAAAUCUGCUUCUGAAAAAGCUUUCAAAUCGCUCCCUGACAUCUCUCAGGCAGUGAAAGAGCUCACCGUGCUUAAGGGCGUGGGUCCGGCCACCGCCUCCGCCGUUCUGGCUGCUUACGCUCCCGACAUUGCUCCCUUUAUGUCCGACGAGGCAAUGGAGGUUGCUCUUGGGAACUCAAAGGAUUACUCUUUGAAGCGAUACUUGUUGUUUGUGACUAAGCUCCAAGAUAAAGCCAAGGAAUUGAAGUUGAAGGGAGAGUGGGAUGGGGCUUCAGAUAUUGAAAGAGCUCUAUGGAGUGUUACUUUGCGUUCCAAGUCAAAGUCAAAGCCAGAGAAGGGCUCUUCGGAGAAGAAAAGAAAACGCCAGGAGUCUCAAAACAGUCUGGGGAAAGAGGAUAAGUAG